UGUUGCCAAUUAAACAGCUGCACUAACCACACAAAAAUUAGAAAAAAAUAAUUCUUCCAUUCAACCCAAAGUGAAAGAAAAAAAUGGCAGCCAUGGCAUCUCUGCAGCAGAGUAGCCUAACACUUACAAAGUUUCCUUCUUUUUGUUCCUUCUCUUCCACUCCCAACUCCUUCAAGUUUCUUCACCCUUUCUCAUCCUCUGCUACUUCUCUCAAUGCUACUAAACCAAAACGAAUUUCUAGUUUUGUGCCUAAAGCUUCUUCUUCCACCGCUGCCUUUCCUCAAGACAUUGGUGAUCUCCUCGCAGAUGUUACAAUUUUCACUGCUACUGGUCAGUCCGUCAAGUUUGAGGACCUUUGGGAUCAAAAUGAGGGAGUAGCUGUUGUUGCACUUCUGAGGCAUUUUGGCUGUCCUUGCUGCUGGGAACUUGCUAAAGCACUCAAAGAGACAAAGGAGAAAUUUGAUUCUGCUGGUGUAAAGCUAAUUGCAGUUGGUGUUGGUGCUCCUAACAAAGCACGUAUUCUUGCUGAAAGGUUACCAUUUCCAUUGGAUUGCUUGUAUGCUGAUCCGGACCGCAGGGCAUACGAUGUUCUAAGCCUUUAUUAUGGCAUUGGACGCACAUUUUUCAACCCAGCUAGUGCUAAAGUUCUCUCUAGAUUCAAUGAACUGCGGGAAGCUACAAAGAACUACACUAUUGAAGCCACCCCUGAUGACAGAAGUGGUGUCUUGCAGCAGGGAGGGAUGUUUCUGUUCAGAGGGAAGCAGUUGUUGUACGCAUGGAAAGAUGAAGGGACCGGUGACCAUGCUCCCAUGGAAGAUAUCUUUGAUAUUUGCUGCAAAGUUCCUGUUGUAUAAAUGUCUUCAGUGACCCUUUGGUUUAGUUUUCUAAUUGUAUAUGUAUGUAAAGUUGUAACUAAAUGUUAUAUAGUGCAUAACAUAACCAUUAGUAUAUGAGAAGGAGAAGGAGAGGCAAAUAGUCCAUACCAAGUUUUGAAAAUGUAUGCAAGUAUAUUACCUGUCUAGUAUUGAAAAAUCACAAAGGUUAUAUGUUAUGGUAAAUUUUUUGUAUCAUCCUAGUUUA